AAUUACUUAUUAUCUCAACAAAACAAAAUAAAAAUAAAAAACCUUUCUUUCUCUCCCUGCUCUCUCUGGCUUCAGUCCAGUACAACUUGGUUUGUUCCAAGAAGAGAGAGCCAUAGAUUCAAAGACAUGGAAGAGGCGAGUGCAAGUGGGAAUCACAACUAUAGUGGAUCAUCAAUAACCACUAUAUCUCAGGACCAUCUCUUAACUAUUCUCUUCCUCCUUCCCAUAGAUGCAAUUCUGUCUCUAUCCAUGACCUGCAAGAGAUUCAGAGCUCUCACUUCCUCUGAUACUCUCUGGAAAUAUUUGUGCAGGAGAGACUUGGGUUCUACAUGUGUUGAUGCACUCAAUUCUUAUUAUCAUCAUCAUCAUCAGUUCCCAUGGAUGAGGCUCUACAAGCAAGUCUCUCAGAUGGAUUCUGUUUGUUGCCAUAGAUUGUCUAACCCACAUGGUGAUUCGGAUUUUCCCAGCGCCAGAGCCUCUCACUCUCUCAACUUUGUCUCUGGCUGUCUCAUCUUGUUUGGUGGUGGCUGUGAAGGAGGACGACACCUCGAUGACACGUGGGUAGCAUACAUUGGCAAUGAUUUCCGGAGAAUGUUGAAAUGGCAGACAGUUCAUUCAGGCAUUCCAAGUGGGAGAUUUGGGCAUACAUGUGUUGAAAUGGGUGAUUUCCUUGUUCUCUUUGGAGGAAUCAAUGACCAUGGGAACCGUCAAAAUGAUACAUGGGUGGGGCAAGUUACAUACAAUGAAAACAAUGAUAUUAAAUUUUUGUGGAAAAUGCUUGAUGUGGGGGCUGUUGCCCCAACCCCUAGGGGGGCUCAUGCUGCUUGUAGUAUUGAUGACAAGAGAAUGGUAGUCCAUGGGGGAAUUGGUCUUCAUGGCCUCCGUUUGGGGGACACAUGGGUCUUAGAGUUGUCAGAUAGUCCCUGCUUUGGUACAUGGCAUGAGAUUGUGACUCAUCCAUCACCUCCACCACGUUCAGGACACACAUUAACUUGCAUUGGGAGAGGCAGGACAAUUUUAUUUGGAGGUAGAGGCUUAGGCUAUGAGGUACUUGGUGAUGUAUGGUUAUUGGAUACAUGCCAAGUUGAUCUGAGAUGGGUUCAAAUACUCUAUGAUUUACAAAACAUACCAAAUGGGGUUUCCCUUCCUAGAGUUGGUCACACAGCUACAAUGGUUUUGGGAGGUAGGUUGCUAAUUUAUGGAGGAGAAGACUCAUGUAGAAGAAGGAAAGAUGAUUUUUGGGUAUUAGAUAUUAAUGCUGUCCCAUACAGUAGUAGUAGUAUGCAGCCAACCACAGUUAACUCCAAGAAAGUGUUGACAAGAAUGUGGAAACGGUGGAAGUCAAAUGGAUAUGAACCAAGAUCUCGAUCCUUUCAUCGUGCUUGUGCAGACCAUUCUGGACGUUAUCUGUAUGUGUUUGGUGGAAUGGUGGAUGAUCUUCUUCAGUCUGCAGAGCCUUUUGGACUCAGGUUUGAUGGGGAGCUCUUUCUUGUGGAGCUUGUGCUUCAGCUCUAAAGGACUCUAAGGAGGCAAUGGAUUCCAUGUGCUCUUUAUUGAGACCAUUUUGUGCUGUAUCUUAUAAUUACUUCCCAUUAUCUAGUGCCAUUUGCUGCUGUUAUUGUAUUUGCUAUUGUAAAUAGCAGCUCUACUGGUCAGCCAAUGUCAAUAUCUUCUAUGAACUGCUACUACAUAAUUAGAAAGUGAUGAUGUGAAGAUUACAAGUACUUAUGGCACAUUUUCAUGAAGUUGUGGUUUGUUCAUUUGCC